AUGAAACUUUUCCACCUUUCCACUCUCACUCCAUUACACAUUUUUCAUUCGCUUUAUUGCCCUCUUGGGCUGUCACAAACAAGUGUGGCCAACCUGAGACCACGCCCAUAUCAACCCACAUACGCCCACUUUUCCCUGGGUUUCUUGGCAAAAAUCGACACAAAUGUCUCCUGGCCACGCUGGCCAAUUUAA